GGAGAGCGGACGGCGGACGAAAAACAAAACAAAAUUUUUGGGGGGGCGCCGAAAUGGGGAGCUCGCAACAUCACAAUUGAAACGGGAAAUCGAAAAGAGGAAGCCGUUCUAGAACGCCGAGACCAUAAGUGUGCAAUGUGGUGCGGAUUGCUUGGGCCCGUGAUAUCGACGCGUGUGUACAACUCGGCCCCAAACCAGCAUCUCUCUAGAUUGUGCGAUCCGCCAGCGCAUCGAGCGCCACCAUAUGCGUGAUCAGCAGGAGCAGCAGCAGGAGCCGCCCCCCUUCCGGAAGCAUAUCGUAUGUAGGUCCUUGACGCCCUCGCAUCGGUGGUUGCCGGGUGCGUAGCCUACUAUACGACGACGACGAUUGUGUAAUAUACUGAAGAGGUGUCUGCGCGGCCUGGCCGGGUGCUUGAAACUCGCCAGCAAACAAACAAAACGAAGCACAAAAAAAGGGAAAGAAACAAACGGCACAAACGGGCGCCGUGCGCCCCAAAGAAGAACCGCACCUACUAGGAUGCAGCAGAACGACGAACGCCCACGCGAGAUGGCUACCAUUGGGGACAACGUGUUAUCAGACGGUACCUCGAACAAAGAAGUAUCUUCCUCCAGCGGUGGUAGCCAGCAUGCUUCGCCAAGCCGUGAUACCAGCGACCGGAUAGGGAAAUCUGUAGAAAAUAUGGACGACUAUGGCGAGUCGACGGGAUUGCUGGAGCAACCGGUGGCCUCGGUGCGAUUGCCGAUCCUCGGCAUGACCUGCCAGUCGUGCGUGCGCAACAUCGAAGGCACGAUCGGCAGUAAGCUGGGCGUGGUGAAGAUCAGCGUGAUACUGGCCGAAAAUGCCGGCUACAUUGACUACGAUCCGACGCUGACCGAUCCGGCCCAGCUAGCGGCCGAUAUCGAUGAUAUGGGCUUCGAGUGUACGUACCGGGAUCCCGAUUCGAUCCAGGUGGAAGGUGUGGACAGUGAUGCCGAUGGGCUGACCACCUCACCGACACUGGAAGCGACCGAUACGGUUCAAGUGGCCCGUAUCAGCAUCGAGGGAAUGACCUGCCAGUCGUGUGUGCGGAAUAUCGAGGGCAAGAUUCGAGGGUGCCCUGGCGUACUGUCGAUCCGGGUGCUGCUCGACGAGAAGCUCGGAGUGGUGGAGUACGAUCGUACGGUGACGAGUGCGGACCAGAUCGCUGAUCAAAUUGACGACAUGGGCUUCGAAGCACGAGCCCUACAGCAAACCAGUGCUACACACAGUGAACAGCAGAAACAGAAGAAGACUGACAGUAAAGUAAAAAAAGGCGUGGCAACAAAUGGCAAGGGGCUGCCGGGUGGAGGAGAUGCUGGUGGAGACCAGCAAAUGCGCCGAGCGUUCCUCCAUGUGCAGGGUAUGACCUGUGCCAGCUGUGUGUCGGCGAUCGAGAAACACUGCCGAAAGAUUUACGGCGUAGAAUCGAUCCUGAUCGCCCUGCUGGCGGCCAAGGCGGAGGUAAAGUACGACGAGCGGCUAACGUCGGCCGAGGAUAUCGCAAAGUCGAUCACGGAUUUGGGUUUCCCGUGCGAGGUGAUCGAGGAACCGGGUACGGGUGAGGCGGAGGUCGAAAUCGAGAUCCUCGGCAUGACCUGUGGCUCCUGUGUGGCAAAGAUCGAACAGACGGCACUGAAAAUACCGGGCGUGUUGAAAGCAUCGGUUGCGCUGGCGCUGAAGAGGGGCAAGUUUACGUUCAACAACGAACAAACCGGAGCCCGGACGAUCUGUGAAGCGAUCCAGGGGCUUGGGUUCGAGGCGAGCGUGAUGUCUAGCAAGGACAAGAUGGCCCACAACUAUCUGGAGCAUCGGGAAGAGAUUCGCAAGUGGCGUACCGCGUUCCUCGUAUCGCUGGCCUUCGGUGGACCGUGUAUGAUCGCGAUGGUGUACUUUAUGGUGCUGAUGCACGAUCACAGCCACGAGGAGAUGUGCUGCGUGUUGCCGGGAUUGUCGCUGGAGAACCUCAUCAUGUUUGCACUUUCGACACCGGUCCAGUUCUUCGGUGGGUGGCACUUUUACAUCCAAGCGUACCGGGCGGUCAAGCAUGGGGCCAGCAAUAUGGAUGUGCUGAUUACGAUGGCCACCACCGUUAGCUACAUCUACUCGUGCGGCGUACUGAUCGCGGCCAUGGUAAUGGAACAGCGGACAUCUCCGCUGACGUUCUUCGAUACACCACCGAUGCUGUUCAUCUUCAUCUCGCUCGGCCGCUGGAUGGAGCACAUAGCGAAGGGAAAAACGUCGGAGGCACUCUCGAAGUUGCUCUCGCUGAAAGCCACCGAAGCGACACUGGUGACGCUCGGUGCCGAGUACGAGGUACAGUCGGAGAAGGUGAUCUCAGUCGAUCUGGUGCAACGGGGCGACGUGCUGAAGGUGGUACCCGGGAGCAAGGUUCCGGUCGAUGGAAAGGUACUCUGUGGGAGCUCCACGUGCGAUGAAAGCCUCAUCACCGGCGAAUCGAUGCCGGUACCGAAGAAGAAGGGA